AUGUCUGUCUCUUCGUGGCUCCUAGGAUUCAGGCGAUUCGAGGAAGCAUUGGAUGGUUUCAAGGAUGCCGGAUAUGGAACAUUGAUUCAACAGGAACGGGACUUCAAGGGCGACGACACGGAUUGGCCGGAUGAUUCAGAUGCUAGGAAUGUGGAAACUCCCAUGAACAAUAGACACCAGGAACAACACCAAUGGUCCUUCGAAUUUGCAAAGUUGGUGGAUAUGGAUUACAAGAGGACACCAACCCCGCCAGGAUGUCGAACUUUCAUUGAACUUGAUUUUUCUGUGAUCUUUUCCAUUUUUUUUCUUUUUUUCGCGCGCUAUUUCUCCUCUUCUGAUCACCAGGUUCGGGAUUUUAUGGACAACAUGGACUUGCAGGAAAUCAGAUGCAAGGAUUAUGGAGUUAGAAGAUUCAACAGAAACCCGGGAUUUCAAGACGACGACAAGGAUUUGCUUGAUGAUUAUGCGGAGUGA